ACCGUCUACUUGCAUCUAUUUGUUGUGCGUAGGUUUUUUUUUUGGGUGCGCGUGUGCGUGUGUUGUUGACGGUGGUUGGUGUUGUGCCCAUCGAAGGCUUGAAUAGGAGGCGCCGGCUCGCCUACAAAAAAGGCAUCCACCUACGCGUGAAAAGGCUUCAGUCUGUGUGUAUCUGUCCACGGCAACUUUCUUCGGCUUGUGAUUGCCGAACGAACGCCGGCGGUGUCCGGCCUCCGUUCCGUUCAGCGAAUCCACGUGAAUGUCUUCGCAUUCCGUGCCAUCGGUAUGCAACUUUAGUUCGGGUGUCUACCCCGUGCUCUAGCUCAGGGAGCUCAGGAUGGAGGGCAUCUUCCACGAGAAGCAAGAGGGAUCCCUGUGCGCCCAGCACUGCCUCAACGUGCUGCUCCAGGGCGAGUACUUCACCCCCGUCGACCUGGCAGCACUGGCACGCCAGAUCGACGAGCAGGAGCGGCAGACGAUGGCUGAGGGCGGCGUGAACAGCGACGACUACCGACUCUUUAUGCAUCAACCGUCGGGAAAUCUGGACGACAGCGGCUACUUCUCAGUGCAAGUGAUCGCCAGCGCCCUCAAGGUGUGGGGCCUAGACAUUGUGCCCUACAGCAGCAGCGACCCCGUGGCACAGGCGGCCCAGGCGGACCCCACGCAGCAGCAGGCGUACAUCUGCAACUACAAGGACCACUGGUUCACGGUGCGCAGGCUGGGCGGCCACUGGUUCAACCUCAACUCCCUGCUCCCGGGGCCCGAGCCCAUCUCCAGCACCUACCUCGCCCUGUUCCUGGUGCAGCUGCAGCAGGAAGGCUACUCCAUCUUCGUGGUGGUGGGUGCGCUGCCAGAGUGCCAGGCGGAUCGAGCCCCAACCAGCGAAGAGCGCCAACUGCAAGAGGCACUCCAGAAAAGCCUUCUGGACGUGCAAGGUCGGCAGCAGCAGCAGCUGCAGCAGCAACAGCUGUCCGAAGACGAGAUGCUGCAGGCGGCCCUGCGUCUAUCCAUGGAGCCCUCCUGACCCCAAGCGGAGCACAGAAGCAGACGUUGUCUUCUCCUCGACAUCGAAGCGCGCGAUCAACAGAUCCACAGAACACUUGUAUAGUAGUAGGGAACCAAUAGGGGCCGCAAAAGGCCCUUCAACCCGAGGCCUGUCUCGCUGCCUUGGAAAAAAUGAAUAAAAUACUACCUUUUUUUCUCGUU